AUUUGCCGUAUUGUAUACACGAUAUAAUAAAAGACGUGAAGACCACAAUACAACAAAAGGUGUACUUCUGCAGUCGCCUUAUUGUGUCCGUUUUCAAUUAAUAAAACAGCAAAGAGCUUUACUGUAUAUCCUUGGAUCUAUGCAAUGAUGAGUUUAAUGAUAUGGUGGUUAUUGUGGCUGUUAUUUGGUCAAGGAUUCACAAUGAAAAUGGGUUGGAAUGAAGAGCUUGAGUUUUGUGAAGAAGAAUGGAAGAAAUUUGUGGCGGACAAAAUUGAAAUUGAUUCGAAAUGCAACAAUACUCGUACACUUUGUUGUGUUGAGGAGAAGAAAUAUCUUUUGGAACGAUUUAAAAUGUUUAGUGAAAUAUGUCCACUUGAAGGGACAUGUGGAUGCAGCCCGAUUAUUUUGAACUUUACUGCUAGUUCAUCCUCCUAUUAUAGAGCCGAAAAAUGGAAUGAACCAGAAGACUUCACAUGUUCACAUAAGUACAUAAAUGAAAGAAUAGAAAAAUCGUAUGAAAUGCCUCCUGUUCUGCUUAAACUCGGACAACACAAAAUCCCUUACAAGUAUGUUUUAUACGGUGGAAAAAGUCACACUUGUCAUGUUGUCAUCAACGUGAACGAAAGACGUGAUCAAGGUACACACAAGGCAGUUUAUUUUAGUUUCUCCUGUGUCAGUUUAAUUCAUAGUGCACCAAUGUGAUUAUAGUGCUUCAUAUUCAACUUUGCUCAAAUCCAUACGACACUUUGACCUAUAUUUAAUUCAUCAUGUACAUAAACUCUUAUGUGAAAUUUUUUUGCAAUUGCAAAACUAAUAGAAUACACGCCCGGAAAAGCCGAACAUGUUUAAUUCGUCAUACAUUUAUUAUAAUGUAAACCUGUUAAAGGGUAAAAGCUCAA